AUGCCAGUACCUCUAAUUGCGAUGGGCAUACUUGCCGUCAAUCUGAAGGAAAAUGUAUCGAGCAAUAUCUUUAGUGAUUCGCUCAAGGAAAAAAUUAUUCUGGAGUACAGAUUAAUGGGUCAGGGCCAUGUCGCGGUAUUCAGCGCAUUAGAUGAGGAAGAAAUUAAGCAGGUCUCUCAAGUUUUUCAUGUUAUUCGUUUUUAA